AGGAAACGACUGGUGUCAGGAAUAAACUUCCUGGGUUGGCCUGCGGCCGGGGCAGCGCGGAAGGAGCGGCAGCGGGAGACAUGGGCUUCCCCAGCAGCACAGGUUCUAGUUGAUGCCCGGGCCUCCUUGUUAUGAUGCCGUCACGCACCAACCUGGCUGCUGGGAUUCCCAGCAGCAAAGUCAAGUAUUCCAAGCUCUCUAGCACUGAUGAUGGAUAUAUUGACCUGCAGUUCAAGAAGAGCCCACCAAAAAUCCCCUACAAGGCAAUUGCGCUGGCUAUAGUGCUCUUCAUGAUUGGGACCUUCCUCAUUAUCAUAGGAGCCCUCCUCUUGGCAGGGUAUAUUAGCAAAGGGGGAACAGACCGUGCAAUCCCUGUGCUGAUCAUUGGGAUCCUUGUGUUUCUACCUGGCUUCUACCACCUGCGUAUUGCGUACUAUGCUUCCAAAGGCUACCGGGGUUAUUCCUACGACGACAUCCCAGAUUUCGAUGACUGAACCACGUUCUAGAUCACGU